GAAAGAGAUCUCUCCAAAGUUGAGACCAAGGAGCCAUUUGAAGCAAUCCCUAAGGAGAGUCGGGCUUCCAUUUAUAGCACGGAGUCAGAGUAAAUGUGUAGAAGCGGCGCUAAUGCUUCAAAUCCGCAUUCGGGGAAAAUUCGGUGUUUCUAUUGGGACAGCUUAAGUGAUUUUGAGAGAUAUUUAAAGACUACAAUGAACUUUUUACUGAAGCACUUGGCCAGUUGGUUCCUGGCCAUCUCAGUGCUAUUUCAAGUUUACUAUUAUGCAUUGUAGGAAUAUAAACAAUGCAGAGGCAAGCUGAUCAAGUGAAGCGCCAUUCAAACACCAAUCCUUCCCUCCGGAUCAGGAAUGUGGAUAUCGCCAGGGGAAGAACUGGAUAUGGAUUCACACUUUCUGGCCAAGCUCCCUGUGUCCUUAGCUGCAUUCUGAAAGGAAGCCCAGCACAUUACGUUGGGCUUCGCUCUGGUGAUCGCAUACUUAAUGUUAAUGACAUUAAUGUCUCUAAAGCCUCUCAUGAAGAUGUUGUAAAAUUGAUAGGACAAUGCACAGGCGUACUACGCCUUGUCAUUGCUGAGGGUAGUAACCACUCUGAUACAGGUUCUAGUGAUGAGGAAGUUUAUUUCAAUGAAGGCAAAGCGGCUUGGAUGAACAGUAAACCAAAGUCAAAAUUACUGGGUCUAAACAGAGCUGAAAAAGUAGUUGCUGAUGUCCAGUCGGGUGGUAUAUUUAAGAUGCUUUUUGACAAUUCCAAUAAUUCUGCCAAAUGUGGGAAGACCUGUAUACAGCAACAAGGACAAAUGACUGAAAAAGCCAGUGGAUUUCCAAGCAGAUCUAUAAGUGCAAAAACAAACCACAAUUCACUUUCUGAGGAAGAAGUUAUGAAGGUGUUGAAUGAUGACUCUGUUUUUGUCAAUGGCCUUGAAAACCAAGAUGGAUUUAUUUUAGAUGCUAGCAUUUUGAAUGUUGGAAUGGUUGUAGGCUACUUGGGUUCCAUUGAACUGCCUUCAACAAGUUCAAAUCUGGAAAAUGAUAGCUUACAGGCGAUCCGAGGCUGCAUGCGACGUUUGCGUGCUGAGCAGAAGAUUCAUUCCCUUGUCCUAAUGAAGAUAAUGCAUGACUGCAUUAAGUUAUUCAAUGACAAAAAUAUUGUUCUAGCUGUGUAUCCUGCAGAAAAAUUGGCCUUCAGUGCUGUGUGCCCAGAUGAUCGAAGAUUCUUUGGAUUGGUGACCAUGCAAAUGUCUGAUGACCAAAGCCUUGCUAGUGAAAAUGAUGGUGGGCUGAGGACUUCAUGUCAUGUCUUUAUGGUAGAUCCAGAUCUCUGUCAGCAUAAAAUUCAUCAGGGUAUUGCUAGGCGAUUUAGUAUUGAAUGCACUCCAGACUAUGGUGGCUGCUUGGAGUUUCCCCCUUCCUCUCAGCCUGUUCUUCAGUUUGUAUCUGUGUUGUACAAGGACAUGGGGGAGUCAUUUGAAAAUGUGCGUGCAAGAGCUUUUCUUGAUGGGGACCUAUCUGAUGGUCAGCAGAACAAUAGUACUGGCAGUAACAGUGAUAGUGGAAUUGGAUGCUAUAGUCAGGAGGAAAAGAAUAACAGAGUUUUAGUUGUUGAUCUGGGUACCAACUCAAACAAACAUGCCCCCCAUGUUGCCUGGGGUAAUGUCCAAGCUAAAGGACAGAUGCAAGCUCCUUCUCAAUGGAAUGGUUGUCGUCCUGACAUGGAAGGUAAAUUACAUUCAUCCCGACUUUCAGAUUUGGCACAGGCUGAUUGCACUUUGCAUAACGGUAACAGACAUCUUGGUCCUUCUGCUCGACUUGAUGUUCCAGGAACGUCUCCGUGGUCUGUGUUUACUUCAACUAAGAAAUCUGAUACAGUGAACAGUACUCCUUCUGCAACUCCAAGAUGGCUUCCCCUUCACAUUCGUAAGGACUGGCAGUAUUGUAGCAGCAGUGAUCAGGAAUCCUAUGCAGAAUCCACAGAUGGACUGUCCAGUGUGAAUUGUAGUACACUGAAACAGGAUCUUCCCCCUCCAAUGACCAAGAUUCAGACAGAAAAAUAUCGAGUUGGGAGUGGUUUAGGCCAGCCUUUUCGCAUUGUAGCUCAGAAGAAUGAACUGACAAGUAAAUUGUUUGGAAUUGAAAAAAUGUUUGGGAUACAACAAAGCAACAAGAAAAGCAAAGACAAAAAGGGCACAAAGUUUUCUGGGAAUUCAGUUGGAUUUCCUCAAGCUCUCCAGCGUUCUUCUGUUCGGCGAUCAUAUGGGAGAUCGAAACGUUUCAGUAUAACCCGCUCCUUGGAUGAUUUAGAGAUAGCGGCGGUCUCCGAUGGAGAGUUGAACAGUGCAGACCUCAAGAAUUACAACAGUGAGAACAGCAUAAACAGUAAUGCAAGUCUUCCCAGUGUCCAGAGCUGCAGAAAACACGUGGAACGGCAGGUAGCUAGUUGGGCUGUGUGCUUUGAACGUCUCCUGCAAGACCCAGUUGGCAUCAGAUACUUCUCGGAGUUCCUUAAGAAAGAAUUCAGUGAAGAAAAUAUUUUAUUCUGGCAGAACUGUGAGUACUUCAGUCAAAUCCCUCAGAAUGACAAGAAACAGCUGUUGUAUAGAGCUCGGGAAAUCUACAACAACUUUUUAUCCAACAAGGCAAAUACUCCUGUCAAUAUUGAUAGCCAGGCACAGUUGGCCGAUGACAUCAUUAACGCACCACACCCAGAUAUGUUUAAAGAACAGCAACUGCAGAUUUUUAACUUGAUGAAGUUUGACAGCUACACUCGCUUUCUGAAAUCAACACUGUACCAAGAAUGCAUGUUGGCAGAAGUAGAAGGUCGCUCCUUACCUGAUCCUUGUCAGGUACCAUGCAGUCCUGCAUCAAGGCACAGCACCACUUCAGACCAAUCUACUCCAAAUAAAUCCGGUUCAAGGAUUAAAUCAUCCAGAUUGCUACCCAUUGAGCUUGAAGAUGAUAAUAGCAACAAGAAGAAGGGAACAUUUUUCUCAUGGUCACGGAGGAGCUUAGGACGAACUCAAAAGAGAAAAGAGAAUGGCGAUUCACAUCCUGACCUGUCGGAAAAUAAUGGACUGUCUCAGUGGCAUCGUGAAUCAUUUGGCUCCAUGUCAUCUUCCACUAGCACAGAGGGGAUGGCUUCUGGCUGUCCAAGAAACAACAAACACGAGAACGUUUCUACAAGAGAAUCUGUGACACAAAGAGAAAAGCGUUCAAAACACUGCACCAUGAGUCUGCCGGAUGGUUCCUUGCACACAGUUUCAAUCCAAACCGGUGUUUCUAUUAGAGAACUGUUGACAGAGCUUUGUGAGAGGCUGCAAAUUCAGUUAGCUGCUGUAGAUCUCUUUCUGGUUGGAGGUGACAAGCCUCUUGUACUUGAUCAAGAUUGCAACACAUUGAACUCACGAGAGAUUCGAUUAGAAAAGCGUACACUAUUUCGGCUGGAUCUAGUUCCCAUAAAUAGAUCAGUCGGUUUAAAGGCCAAACCCACCAAACCAGUGACAGAAGUGCUACGGCCAGUGGUGGCAAAAUAUGGCUUGAAUCUCAAUGAUCUAGUAGCUAGAAUUAAUGGGGAAUCAGAAGCUUUAGAUCUUGGCGUUCCUAUCUCUAAUCUCGAUGGGCAGCGUGUUGUUCUGGAUGUUGCAGAGCAUGUUUCUGAAAAAGACAGAGAGAAGAUUAUAAGAGGGAAAUCAGAUUCUUCCAACAUUAACACACACCCUGGUGUGAAGGAGGAAGGAAGACUUGAAGAGAAACCCUUUUCGAUAAGAGGAAAUGGAAAAUAUUCCAAAGAUGUGAGGCUUUCAAAAAAAGAUGUAAUGCAAACGACAAACAAAAAGAGACAGCCAAAGCUAAACAUGGAUGAAGUAGAAGAGUUUUUUGACCUUCUAUCAAAAGCUCAGAGUAAUAGAGUGAAUGACCAGCGUGGGCUUCUGAACAAAGAAGAUCUUGUACUUCCAGAUUUUCUACGCCUCAAGCCACCUGUACUUGAACCUGGCUCCUCGACACCUGCAGUUAGUAAAGGAAAUGGUAGAAAUAGAGAGGAAAGAAGCCAAACUAUGCAAAGAAGUGUGACGUCCACCGAACAGUUUGAUAAAUUAGAGUAUGUGGACUCUGGAGCAGCUAUCUCAUCAGCACUAAACUUCAAUGAGAAUUCUAACAACAUGAAAGCUAAGUCAACAACUCAACAUGAUAACAGUCAUCGGCCUGUGUUAAUGCCACCUGAUUAUGUAGAGCCAGCUACUAAGCAGAAAAAUGAUGCACCUUUCCAUGUGCCAGUAUCUCCUAUUCCUCAUGUCAAUGAACAAAGGUGGGAAAAGCAGUCUGAAGUCCGGCAGUCAGAAACUGUGCCACCUUAUGAGGAUGAAAAUGCAUUUGAUCUGACUCUGGUGGCAGAAGGUGACAUCAGUAGUCCAAACAGUACGUUAUUACCACCCCCACCAACACCACCGUCCACUGUCAGUAAACUGGAGAUAGCUAACUAUACUCCACCACCUCCCUACAAAGAUGGUCAGGAGAACUCUUCACACUGUACAUCCACUUCAGUGGGUUGACCAGAACUGCACACAACACUCCAAAUGUGGCCACACCAGAGUUUCGUGCAGCUGCAGCAUGAUUUUUUGGUUCCAAAACUCAAUCCGGCCUGGAGGAAGAACGCCUCAUCUUCCGCCUCAGAACACUUCAACCUCAAGACAUCAAUGUGGACUUCACCAAUUUCCUCAUUUCCCCUUCCCCCACCUUACCCCAGCUCCAACUUGCCAGCUCAGCACCAUCCUCAUGACCUGUCCAAUCUUCCUUUCCACCUAACCACUCCACCCUCCUCUCCGACCUAUCACCUUCCUCCCCACCCCCUCCUAUUUAUCUCUCCAUUCUGGAAGCUCCCAGCCUCAUUCCUGAUAAAGGACUUUUGCCCAAAACGUCGAUUUUCCUGCUCCUUGGUUGCUGCCUGACCUGCUGUGCUUUUCCAGCACCACUCAAAUCUUGGCCCAAAACUCAAUACCUGUACCAAUAAGAGCUGACGCACUGUAUGCCUUCUUAACAAGCCUAUCAACCUGGGUGCCAACUUUCAAGGAUCUGUGUACCUGGACACCAAGAUCUCUCUGCUCAUCUACACUACCAAGAAUCCUACCAUUAGCCUAGUACUCUGUAUUCCUGUUGCUCCUUCCAAUGAAUCCCCUCACAGUUUUCUGCAUUAAACUCCAUUUGCCACCUCUCAGCCCAGCUCUGCAGUUUAACUAUGUCUCUCUCUAACCUACCACAUCCUUCAUCACUAUCCACAACUCUACCGACCUUAGUGUCAUCCACAAAUUUAUCAACCCAUCCUUCUAUGCCUUCAUCCAUGUCAUUUACAAAAAUGGACCCAAAACAGAUUCUUGCAGUACGUCACUAUGAACUGAACUCUAGGAUGAAUAGUUCCUAUCAACCACCACCCUCUGUCUUCUUUCAGCUAGCUAAUUUCUGAUCCAAGCUACAAAAUCACCCUCAAUCCCAUGCCUCAGUAUUUUGUGCAGUAGCCUACCAUGGAGAACCUUAUCAAACGCCUUACUGAAACCCAUUUACACCACAUCAAUAGCUUCACCCUCAUCUACCUGUUUUAUGAGGCAUGAUCUACCCUUCACAAAACUGUGUUGACUAUCCCUAAUCAACUUAUUCUUUCUGAAUGAUUAUAAAUCCUAUCUCUUAAAAUCUUUUCUAACACUUUACCCACAACCGAAAUAAGGCUGACAGGUCUAUAAUUUCCAGGGUUGCCUCUACUCUCCUCUUGAACAAGGGAACACCAUUUGCUAUCCUCCAGUCUUCUGGCACAAUCCUGUUGACAACGACGGUGUAAAGAUCAAAGCCAAUGGCUCAGCAAUCUCCUCCCUGGCUUCCCAGAGAAUCCUAGGGUAAAUCCCAUCUGUCCAAGGGGACUUAUCUAUUUUUACAGUUUCCAGGAUUGCUAACACCUCCUCCUUAUGCACCUCAAUUCCAAUCUAGUCUAGUAGCCUGUAUCUCAGUAUUCUCCCCAACCACAUUGUCUUUUUCUAGUGUGAAUACUGACGAAAAGUAUUCAUUUAGAACUUCCCCUAUCUCCUUUGACUCCACACACAACUUCCCACUACUAUGCUUGAUUGACCCUAAUCUUACUCUAGUCAUUCUUGUAUUCCUGAUGUACCUAUAGCAAGUCUUAGGGCUUUCCUUGAUCCUAUCUGCCAACGACUACUCAUGUACCCUCCUGGUUCUUAGCUCUCUCUUUAGCUCUUUCCUGGCUAACUUGUAACUCGCUAGCGCCCUAACUGAGCCAUUUCAUUUCAUCCUAACGUAAGCCUUCUUCCUCUUGACAAGAGAUUCAACUUCCUUAGUAAACCACGGCUCCCGCACUCAACAACUUCCUGCCUGCCUGACCCGUACAUACUUAGCAAGGAAUGUAGUAGUGGUCCUUGAAUAAACUCCACAUUUCCACUGUGCCCAUCCCUUGCAGUUUACUUCCCCAUCCUAUGCACCCUAAAUCUUGCCAGAUCGCAUUGUAAUUGCCUUUCCCUCAGCUAUAACUUUUGCCCUGUGGUAUAUACUUAUCCCUUUCCUUCAUUAAAAUAAACAAAACCGAAUUGUGGUCACUAUCACCAAAGUGCUCACCUACCUCCAAAUCUAACACCUGGCCAGGUUCAUUACCCAGUAUCAAAUCUAACGUGGCCUUGCCCCUUGUUGCCCUGUCUACAUACUGUCAGGAAACCUUCCUGCACACAUUGGACAAAACUGACCUAUCUAUUU